AUGCCUACAGGCUUUUCAAAUUACGGAUCUCCAUACCUUACUCAUCCAAAGAAAUUGAAUGUGGGAUGUUGCAGCAUCAUAUGUCACUGCCACCAUUGCAAGUCCGAAAACUCGCCGGUUCAAACCAGUGAUUUUUCCACUGGAAUGAAUCAAAACAAAUGCGGUUUCAACGACUUUACUUUCGUUGCAAGUAAUUCCAACCAGCUCUAUAACAACAAUUUUGAUGAUCAUUUAAUACACACUGGAAGUCCCGAUGAACAAUUGCUCAAUGCUGGAAACACAACUUGGAUGAGAAUGUCUAACGAGAAUCUGAAACAGGUGAUUAACAAGCAAUAA